UAAUGGAAGCUACCGACAGUUUCAAUCCAUCCUUGAAGAUUGAUGCGGGAGAGUAUGGGAGCACUUAUAAAGGCUUUCUUUGUCACAUCCCAGUGACCAUAAAGAUGUUCUUUGAAGGAUCCUCACAGUACCAUCAAGAGGUUAGGUGAUUGCAGUCUCAGCAUAUUUUGCUGGAAGAAUAGUUGAAGUUAUUUUGACAAAUGAUUAGAAGUAUGCAGGCUUAUAUCACAGUCCAUCAAUCAAAUAGGUCCAAACAGCAAGUAAGCGAAGACAUCCGAAUUUGGUUAACCUCAUUGGAGUCUGCACUGACGAUUGGAUGCUUAUCUAUGAGUAUCUCCCUGGCGGUAGCCUUGAAGACCAACUCUGCUGCACAGGCAACGCUGAGCCUCUAUCAUGGCAAACUCGUGUGUGCAUUUGUACAGAAACAUGUGCUGCAUUAAUUUUUCUACAUUACCACGGUGGCAUAGCACAUGGUGACCUGAAAGCAGGAAAUAUUCUUCUCAAUGCCAACUUCAUGCCGAAACUAAUAAAAUCUGGACUCUCCCACGAGCCAACGGCGGGGGAACGAUCUUUUGGCUCGGAUGUUUAUUCAUUUGGUCUUAUAAUAUUGCAGUUAUUGAUUGGGAAAUCGGCCUUGAAACUAAAAGAGAUGGUGCAUGACUCAUUUAUUCUAGAGAACUUGAAGGGCAUAAUGGAUUUUACAGCAGGGCACUGGCCACUUGAGCAAGCCAGAGAGCUGGCUCACAUGGCAUUGAGGUGCUGUGACAUAAAUCGCAGCAACCGGCCCGAUCUCAAGUUCGAAGUGUGGCCGGUGCUCGAGCAUAUGCGAAUUCUUAGUGAAGGUUCAUCAUCCAAUUCGUCAGGUCCUAAAGAGCCUAGUGAACCUCCUCCAUAUUUCAUUUGUCCAAUCAACCAGGAAAUUAUGCAAAAUCCCCAUGUAGCAGCAGAUGGUUUCACCUAUGAGGCAGAUGCAAUAAGGUGUUGGUUUUCUAGUGGCCACAAUACUUCACCUAUGACGAAUCUCCGGCUUGCGAACCUUGAUCUCCUCCCGAAUAUGAGUCUGCGAUCUGCUAUUCAAGAUUGGUUGCAAGACCAUUGAUCCCUAAAAUCAAUGUCCAAUUCACACUAACUGUGAACCUGACAAGGAUGGUCCAGCUUUUCUUUCCGAGCUAUGGACUGCGCAGAGAUUGCAGACUUCGCUCUGGCACUGAAAUAUAUCAUCACCCAUAAUUCUUCAGUUCGUUGGUCUGGGAUAUUGUUAUGCAUGAUGUUUUUGGUUGAAUUUACAUCUGUACAAAACCAUGAACGGAUUUUUAGGCUUGCAUGUGCCAUAAAAAUUUACUGCAAAACUGCACGGCCACGGCUCUGGGUCGGUUAGGUCGAGCCUGGGAUAAGAGUGUUUAUUUGAUAAGUUUAAAAGUGAAUUAAAGAUUAAAAGUGUUAAUUACGCAGAUAUUUUA